UGCAAAUGUAAUAGUGUGAAUGUAAAAUUGAAGGUAAUGAUAAAUUAAUUAUUGGGAUUUGUGAAAAUGAAGAUUGUGAAGAAGGAUGGUUUUGUGAAAAUUGUGAAAAUGAUCACAAUGGCCAUCAGGCUGAUCUAAAGAAGGGAGAAGAAUUUGAAAAAUUCAUUUUAGAGCUUUAAUCACCCGAAAACUAAAAACUUAUGGAAGCUGACGUCAAGUUAAAAGAAUUCAAAGAAUAUUAUGACAGCGUAUUAAAAGAAAAUGAAGAAGAAACAAAAAUGUUAGAAGAUCUUCAAUAAUUUGUGAAAGAUGAAAAUUAUGAAAGCAUUGGAUUAUAUUUAGAUAAAUUCUAAAAGUUUAAAGAAGAGGUUGAUAACAAUAAACCAGGUAUAUAUUUGUAUGCACAUAAUAGCUAAAAUAUUCAAAGAACUUGAUAAAUAUAUCAAUUAACUUAAAUAAUAUGAUAUUGAAUAUCUAUUAGAAGAUGAACCAGGCAGAGAAAAAUUAAAAAAAAUAAAAGAAUAUAUUAAAUAAGGUCUAUAAUUUGUUUAAUUUUUUAGGGAAAUAAUUAUAUGAUUAAUAGCGUUUUAAUGAUGCACUUGGAAAUUUUGAAAAUAUUUUCUAAAUCGAUUAAGAUUGUGUGGAUGCAUAUCUUUUAAAAGGUAAUUCCUAUUUGAUUAUUUAUUAGCUUAAACUCUAAUCUAAUUAGAACUAUUUAAUCAAGCUAUUGUAAUUUGUGAUUAGGUUAUUAGAAAGAACAAAGAUAAUUGUGAGGCUUAUUUUUUAAAAAGUAUGCUAUAAUUAUACUAUAAACAAGUUAUUGCAUUGUUAUUAAUGUAAUAAUACGAAAAAGCUUUCGAAGAACUUAAAAAGGUACAUCUUAAGGCUGCUUAUAAAUUUUAUUGCAAUAUAAUAGUUUUAAUAGAAUAGCUUGAAAGUUAUUGCUCAAAUAUUAAAAAUUCUUUAAACUCCUUACGAUUCAAUUUGAAAAAAAAGCUAUAAACUUUGAUAGCUCAUUAAGAAUUUCCACGUAAAAUUUUCAUCAUAUUUUAGCUUAAAUGGUAAAAUAAUAACUAACAGUUAUUAUUCAAAUCAUUAAGUUAGCUGAGAAAAACGAAUUAUAAUCUGCCCUUUACUAAUAUAAUUAAAGUAAGAGAAUAUUAUAUAUUUCAGAUUUUCAGGUUCUCGAAGAAUACUAAAUUUAAUUGGAUGUGGAUUUGAGACCCUAAGUUAAUCCAGAUGAUUGGAACGAAAUUAUGGAAUAUCUUUAAUAAAAAUGCAAGAAAUAGGAUGAUCCCAAUAAUUUAGAGUAAUUUCACAUGAAAAAUUAAUUUAGAGACUAACCUUAAAAUCAAAAUGAUGAAGAUUAAUAACAACACUAAGCAUAAUUGCCAGGAGAGUAUUUAAAUUAUUAAUAAACUUUAGAAAUUAAAAUUAGAUUCCAGCCAAUUAAAAUAAUUAAGAUCAAUAAAAUGUAGUAUAGAUUCCAACAAUUUAAAAUGCUAAUGAAAUUCAAUAACAUGUAUUCAACUUUUAUAAUGAAACAAUAGAAAAUUAAUAAACGUAUUUAAAACUUUUAAUAAAUGAUAGAAAUUAAAAUUAGGUUCCAACAAUUUAAAAUGCUAAUGAAAUUCAAUAACAUGUAGUCAACUUUUAUAAUGAAACAGAAGUAAAUUAAUAAACGUAUUAAAACUUUAAAUAAAUUAUAGAACUCAAAAUUAAACUCCAUCAGCUUAAAAUAACAAUUCAGCUUAAGAUUAAUUUUCUCGAUUAUCAGCCACCCCUUCAGAUAAUACCUAAGAAAAUUAAAAUUCAUAAAUUUAACCUUAAUAAUAGUAUUUAAAAUUUUUAAUAAAUUAUAGAAAUUAAAAUUAGGUUCCAACAUAGAUUCCAACAAAUUAAAAUGCUAGUGAAGUUCAAAAACAUGUAGUCAACUUUUAUAAUGAAACAGAAGAAAAUUAAUAAACGUAUUUAAAACUCUUAAUAAAUGAUAGAAAUUAAGAUUAGGUUCCAACAAAUUAAAAUGCUAGUGAAGUUCAAAAACAUUUAGUCAACUUUUAUAAUGAAACAGAAGAAAAUUAAUAAACGUAUUAAACUUUUAAUAAAUUAUAGAACUCAAAAUUAAACUCCAUCAGCUUAAAAUAACAAUUAAGCUUAAGAAUAAAUUUCCCUAGUAUCAGUUACUCCUUCAGAUGAUACCUAAGAAAACUAAAAUUCAUAAAUUUAACCUCAAAAAUAGUUUAAGAAUUUAUAUAACUAUUAGAUAAUAAAAUUAAAUUCCAUCCUAGUCACCUUCUGCUGAAAAUAUAUAAAACCUAGCCAAUUUUUUGAGUGAAACACCAUUAGAUGAUGAAAUCCCUAUUAAUAAACAAAUACCCUAAUAGCAAGUUCAAAAUUAACAAUAGUAUACUAUAUCCUAUUAUCAAAGAGCUUAACCACAAAAAGUUGUUUAAUAGGUCACUCCAAAUCUGUAGGAAAAUUUCUAAAAUUUUAUUAAUGAUCCAAUUUAAGAUGUUCCUUAAGGCAAUCAAAAACAAUGUUAAAAACAACAUUAUAAUUUAUAGAAGUAGUAGUAUUAGAUGAAGUUAAUCGUUUAGUAGAAGUCUUAAAGUAUUUGGAUAAUUAAACAAAUAAUGGAGUAGAAGACCAUGAAGUCUUUUAUAAGAAAGGUAAUUAAUAUUUAAUUGUUAGCAAUGGUUCUCUUCAGGCUUAAUAGACUUGAAGAAGCUUUAGAAUCACUUGAAAUGGCCGCUGCGUUAAAUCCUGAUGAGGCUUAAUAUUUUUAUUAGAAAGGUUUAUUUAAAAAUAUUGUGUAGCUUAAUUGUAUAAAUGUCUAGCUCAGUUUGAAAAAGCCCUUUAAAAUUUUGAUUGUGCCAUUUAAAGAAAUCCAAAUGAAGCAAGUUUUUACUAAGAAAAAGGUUCAUAAUAUUAUUAAUUUUCAGGAAACUUAUUAUUAAGAAUGAAUAAAAUGGAUUAGGCAAAACAAGAAUUUGAAAAAGCGAACGAAUUGAAUGACAGAGAUAAAUGAUGUGUA